GACAGCGCGUUUCUUCAAGCUAUUGGGACUUUCAGCCGGCUACUACGGUUCUGCCAUAUGUAGUAGUGGCCGUGUGUGAGUUGGCAGGCUGGGUGGGUGUUGGGACUGUCUCAUCGAAAACCACGUCCCUGGAUUCAACGCUGGAAAGAGUGCAGUGGUCGUUUUUUGUUGGAACUGACGGAAGCGGCUAGGUCCUUGAAGGCCGUGAACGGCGAUCGACUGGCCGUAUUUCAACCCACAAGACAAGAGAAUUGAAGCUGCCACACUCAGGCUUCCACUGAAAGACCGAAACAUUUAGUUUGUCUUGCCUUCUUUGUCAUAUAUAGCAGCUUACGUAUUUCCGGCAACAAGAAUGGCUCUGGUAGAGAGAAACCCACCGACAGGAUUCAGAGAAGACUCUAACAGUGAUGACAAUGACAGUGUAUUCAAAAAGGAGCGAAACGCUGACCUCGGUCGAGGGUCACCCAACGAUGCCGUCAUCAACGCCAAGUUUCGUCAUUUCGCCCGGCGCUACAUUGUCAACCAACUCCGCAAGAAGGGAUUCGAAGACGUCGCGAGCAAACACGACACCGCGUCGGACACCGCAGAACCAGAGAACGGGUCGCAACACCUGCUGCACCAUCUCGCGGGCAACUUGGCCGAGGAGAGAGAACGCCAAUUUGAAGACAUUCUCUCCCGCCUCGGUCUCACCGACGACAACCUGUCCGAGACGUACAGUGUCAUAGUCCAGGAGAUGUUUAUCGACGGAGUCAAUUGGGGGAGGAUCCUCGCGUUUCUCGUGUUUUCUGGGGCACUCGCCGUCCACUGUGCGAGGGAAGGAAUGGAGAACAGAGUCGGUGACGUGAUUAGUUGGACGCAAAACGACGUCGAAAGGACAGUGUCGCGAUGGGUGGUGGAGCAGGGAGGGUGGAGAGCGUUUGUGGACCAUUUCGACGCAGGGACGUGGACAAUAGAUUCCCCACAGUGUAUUCUGGCUGGUAUACUACUCAUACUAGCAGGAGGUUUCUACCUCCUGAAGAAACUGUUUUGAGCAUAAUGUAUGUUCAUCAGCACACACAACAUUAGCUUAGUUUUAAGUUGUGUUUCCAUUUUUUAUCAUUAGAAUGCAGUGUUGGAUGAAUAAUAAUAUUGAUUUUAGAGAAUCAUAAUAUUAAGCAAUGAUAUGAGGGUGUUUCUCCCAAAACGAAUCACUGAUUAUGUCUUCAUGUAGAACUAAUAUAGUUCUCCGAGCCUUCUGAUUGGUCGGAUCAAUGGCCGAAGAGCGUGUCUUUCUCUCCUUGGCAUCUUCACCCUUCGUUCCAUCCCUCAUCCCACCUCUUACCCCCUCUGCUGUUGCAAUUGCCCCUUCAAUUAUCUUCUCAUUAAUUUUAGUUCCAGAGUUAUCACUAGUCAGUUGCUCAGAUUCCUCCCCUUCUAAGAUUUCAGUCGGUGACGAAAUUCUCUCAGUAAAUCCAUCUCGAACUGAAAGUUGUUCAUUUCCCUGUUGUGUUGGGGUGACUGUGGCUACCUCGGCUUGCAAACUCUCACCAAAUGAUUGCAUACCAUCACUUUCAAUUGCAUUCCCUCGAAUCCUUUCCUGGUAACAUAUCUUUGUCGUGACGACUUCUGAUUGCACGACGACUGCAAUCUUUGCUUCGAACGGUUUCUUUCUGUGAGCUCCAAAUGAGUGUGGUCCCUUUUCGAUAGACUGGUGG